UCUGUAGCAGCGUUUGCUUGACGGGGUGUCCUUGCUGGAGAGCAAGAAACUUCUUUACUCUGCGCCCGCCCGCGUUCAAUUCUAGGGACUGCCAUCACAAUCAUGCCUCUCCAGUGCUUGAGAGAUUUGUUUAGAAGAGGAUGGCUCAGUGUUCAAAUUUCCCAAGCACAUCAGCAUUUGAGAAUUGUUAAGCAUAUGAACACCAGUGCAGUCUCUCAAGUCCGAAGGAGAGUGGUCAUCACAGGUAUAGGAUUAGUUUCUCCUCUCGGUGUUGGAACCCAGUUUGUGUGGAACAGCCUUCUUCAAGGGAAUUGUGGGAUUGUUGCUCUUGAGGGAGAGGAAUAUUCCACUGUUCCCUGUAAAGUAGCUGCUUGUGUUCCAAAGGGAGCUGGUGAAGGUCAGUUCCUUGGAGAAAACUUUGUGUCAAAAGCAGAGAGCAAAGCCAUGUCUGCUGCUACCAUCAUGGCCAUAAGUGCUGCCGAUCUAGCAUUAAAAGACUCUGGCUGGUACCCGCAAUCUGAACUGGACCAUUUAAGAACUGGUGUGGCAAUAGGAAUGGGAAUGGUUCCACUGGAAGAUAUUUCUGAUACAGCCUUGAUGUUCAAGACAAAGGGUUACAACAAAGUCAGCCCAUUCUUUGUCCCAAAGAUCUUAAUCAAUAUGGCUGCAGGUCAUAUUAGUAUUAAAUACCACUUAAAAGGUCCCAACCAUGCUGUAUCAACUGCUUGCACUACAGGGGCCCAUGCUGUUGGAGACGCCUUUCGAUUUGUAGCCUAUGGGGAUGCUGAUGUGAUGCUGGCUGGAGGAACGGAGGCUUGCAUUAGCCCAUUGUCUCUGGCUGGGUUUUCUCGAGCUAGGGCUCUGAGUACAAGUUUGAAUUCAAGCCCCAAACUGUCUUGCCGGCCGUUCCAUUCACAGAGAGAAGGAUUUGUCAUGGGAGAAGGUGCUGCAGUUUUGGUUUUGGAAGAAUAUGAGCAUGCUGUACAAAGAGGAGCCACACUGUAUGCAGAAAUUUUGGGCUAUGGCCUCUCAGGAGAUGCCUGUCACAUAACAGCACCUAGUCCAGAUGGGGAUGGUGCCUUCAGAUGCAUGGCUACAGCAUUAAAGGAUUCCAGAAUUUGCCCUGAAGAUGUAACAUAUAUCAAUGCUCAUGCCACCUCCACUCCACUAGGAGAUGCUGCAGAGAAUCAAGCUAUUAAAAGACUCUUUAAAGAACAUGCAUACUCUCUUGCAGUUUCCUCUACAAAGGGAGCAACAGGCCAUCUCUUGGGUGCUGCAGGGGCUAUUGAGGCAGCAUUUACAGCUUUGGCUUGUUACCAUAAAGUUUUACCACCGACUCUAAAUUUGGAUCAGACAGAGCCACCAUUUGAUCUCAACUAUGUUCCACUUGUACCUCAAAAAUGGGGAAGUGAAAAACGGCGAAUUGCUCUCACUAAUUCUUUUGGCUUUGGUGGAACUAAUGCAACACUGUGUCUGGCUAGUAUUUAGUUUUAUAUGUUUAUGCAAAUGUCAAAAACACUAGUGGCAUAAAAAUGUAUCAGAAAUGGAAUGCAAACUUGUGAAUCUGCAUUUCUUUCUUUGCUAUUUGACCUUUAAUCUUUGCAAAGUUUGUACUGGGAAAAAGUAACAAGUAUUUGUAAUGUUCAGGACUGCUUGCCACGAAGUAAAAAUAGCCUGUCACCGAUGACAAAUGAACAUAAUAAGUGUUUGGGCCAUAUUUGUGUUCAGCAGGAAGUCACAACUGUAGAGGGCUUCCUUCUUCAGAAAAUAGAUGUUGUCACAUGCAAAGAACUGUAUGUGGGAUGCGCUCAACAGACUAUG